UUUGUAUAAUUGUUUUUUAUAAAGUAUAUUGACAUCACUAAACUCACGACCCCGGUGUCAUGUAGAACAAUUGAUGUGUACAUGUAGCACAAAACCAAGUUGGUCACGUGAAAUUAAAUCUAGCCCUCCAUGGCUCCAUAUAUUUCAUACACAGUAAGUUCAGAAUCCAGAAUUCACAGUAAUUAAAUACGUGCUUAUCGUCAAGCAAGCAAGCGGGAGUAUAGACACGUAGACCAAGCUCACUCCAGCCAAAUGACACACAACAUCCAAAUCAUAGCUGGCAAGCGUUACCACUCACCCACCAGCUCUUCAAAUUCAAAUUCAAAUUCAAACAACAUACAUAUACCGUUGAAAAAAAAACCCCUUGUCUUGCAAACUGCAGUGCACGCAUAUGGCUGACAGCAGGGCUCGUCGUACGUGUCCGGUACUCAUGUGUCUCUGGAAUUUUUUUUACAUCGGGUCAUUCACCCGUAUUUCAUUUAGGCAAGUCUCAAUACAUAGUUUCAUGACACAGUUAGCAAGACUAUAAACUAGGUAACCGAGCCACAAGAGUUUCAUGGGGAUGAAACUUCUCUCUCAUCUAAUGAAACUCCUUCGUUUAAUGACCCUACCAAGUCAGCAAUUUUGCUUACGUGGCAACCUAUUUAAUGUGCAUGACACUCUCAUGAAACAUGCAUUGAGACUGGCCUAAAAGGAUGUCCCUGGAAUUCAAAGACAAAUUAUCCGGAACACGCUGGAGGAGCGGAUUACGGUGACCUGGCGCCCGUAAUUAGCUGACAGCAGCACCAAUUUUUUUUUCAACCCGUUCCAAAGCAAGUGACCGCCCCUCGCUCCGACACGUCACGUCGCCGCUAUAUAUGGCCGCACCGGCCGUCGCCGACGAGCCGGCCGUGCAGCAGCCUGUUGGUUGGUUGGUUCUUGCAAUGCGGGGAUAAAGCCAAGCCUCCGGAUUCCACGCAGCAAGCGAUCGGAUUUCCCGGCAUGGCGGCGGCGGGCGUGGUCGUGUUCGACGCGGAGGUGCUGAGCCGGGAGGAGCGGAUCCCGGCGCAGUUCGUGUGGCCGGCCGAGGAUCGGGCGCCGUCGGCGGGCGGCUGCGGCGUGGAGGAGAUCGCCAUCCCCGUGGUGGACCUCGGCGAGUUCCUCCGCCACGGGGAUCGGGAGCUGCCGCGCGGCGUGGCGGAGGCGUGCGAGCGCCACGGCUUCUUCCAGGUGGUGAACCACGGCGUCCCCGCCGCGCUGCUCGCCGACGCCUACCGCUGCCUCGACGCCUUCUACGCGCGCCCGCUCGCCGACAAGCAGCGCGCGCAGCGGCGCCCCGGGGAGUCCCACGGCUACGCCAGCAGCUUCACGGGCCGCUUCCGCUCCUGCCUGCCCUGGAAGGAGACGCUCUCCUUCAACUGCCCCGCCGGCACCGGCGGCGACACCCAGAGCGCCGCCGCCGUCGUCGACUACUUCGUCGACGUCCUCGGCGAGGACUACCGCCACAUGGGAGAGGUGUACCAGGAGUACUCCGACGAGAUGGCGCGGCUAGCGAUGGACGUGACGGAGGUGCUGGCGGCGGCGCUGGGCCUGCGCCGCGGCGCGCUGCGCGGGUUCUUCGACGGCGGCGACUCCAUCAUGCGGCUGAACCACUACCCGGCGUGCCGGCAGCCGCAACUGACGCUGGGGACGGGGCCGCACCGGGACCCGACGUCGCUGACGCUGCUGCACCAGGACGACGUGGGCGGGCUGCAGGUGUGCGCCGGCGGCGGCGGUGGUGGUGAGUGGCGCGCGGUGCGGCCCCGCGCGGACGCGUUCGUGGUCAACAUCGGCGACACCUUCGCCGCGCUCACCGACGGGCGCCACGCCAGCUGCCUCCACCGCGCCGUGGUCAGCGGUGACCGCGCCCGCAGGUCGCUCGCCUUCUUCUUCAACCCGCCGCUCGACCGCGUCGUCCGCCCGCCGGACGCGCUCCUCCUCGAGGACGAGAAGCGCCGCCGCCCGCGCGCGUUCCCGGACUUCACGUGGCGCGAGUUCCUCGAGUUCACGCAGAAGCAUUACCGGUCGGACGCGAGCACCAUGGACGCCUUCGUGUCGUGGAUCGCCGGAGGACGCGGCGAUGGCCAUGGCGGCAGACAGGAGGGCAAGUGACGAUCGAUCGAUCGAUCGAUUCGAUCAUCUAAAGCCGUAGGCAGCAGCUAGGAAAAAAAAAAAUGGCCGGUGAUGCAGCCAUUUGGCGCAUAAAUAAAUUUAGUGGUUGUGUAAAUAUAUUAUGGUGCAAUAAGGACGACUUCAAUGGCGAUCUAUAAAGCUUUGCAGUUUUAGACAAUCUUUCAUGCAUGCGGUAUGCUAUGGCGAUCGUUGGUGUAGAAUGCGUGCAUGCCUUUGCAUGCCAAUAUGUUGGUCAUGUGAUGGCACAGCGUGAGUGUAGCUCACUGCGACAACGUGCUGAUUAGCGUGGGGUCCGAGAUGAAAAGAUCGCCUAGUGACCUGUGCUUUGCUA